UAGUGUGGGUGUUGGAAUGUAUAUAUACUGUAGCGAGUGUUACAGGGAAAUUUCUGCGGGAGGUUCUUAUCUGCCUGACCUGACAUCUCUCCAACCGCCGCCAGGCCACGUAGCUACAGGUCUCAGAGCCAUGAACUCCUGCGUAGUCCUGCUGACGAGCGCCCUGCUGGUUGGGGCCAUCCUCGUCCUUAGUGUCUCCCACACCGCAGAAAGUGCUCCACUGUCUAGCCACAGGAACAACUUUAUUUCGGAACAGGAUUCAGAGCCCGACUCAGAGUACGUGUUGGAGAUGCUGGCCAGACUAGGACAGUCCCUCAUCCGCGCCAAUGACCUAGAGAAUUCAAAACGUGGACUUGACCUUGGUCUGAGUCGGGGCUUCUCCGGCUCCCAGGCAGCCAAGCACCUCAUGGGGCUCGCAGCUGCCAACUACGCAGGUGGGCCAGGCAGAAGGCGACGCAGUAGCGACGAAUCCUCAUAAAAUAUUAGCGAUCCAUCUUCUUCACAUUCCCCACUAACAUGGCACUAUUCAUUCACUUAUUUACUGUUACAUUAUUAAAUAACCGCCAGAUCUCAUUUGGUAUGUAAUAAAGCAUAAUGUUUAUCCUGAAUUUUAUUAGGCUUAAUUAAUCGUAGGCACAGAAAGAUAUAAAUGGCCUAUUUGUUCACGUGUGGAUCUAGUGAUGUUGAUUUUACUGAGGCGACAGUCAACAUCUCCGUGUUCAUGUACGUGUCAUGAUUAUUGUUUCCUGGGUAAGAUAUCAUUCCUAUUGUAAAAAUGUGUAUAAAACUGUAGAAUAAAGUGAGCAACACCUCGUACAAUUCA